AUGAAUUAAAGAUAAAGUAGAUUCAGCAAAAUACAAGCAUUUACUUCGAAACUCACAGUGUAGUAUUUUCAUUAACUUAUUCCUGAAAUAACACAUAAAACAAGGAGAUAAAAAUAAAUAGAGCAAAUAGAAGAUUACGUUCAAAUAUAUGAAAUUUAUCUAAAAAUGCUUCUUGGUCAAGAUAUUGGAUAGGCAGAAGAAAAACGAUUUUAUUCUCUUAAUAAUAUUACAUAAUUGGAUGAAAAUGCAAUUUAGGAAUUUGAUUUGCCAGAGGCAGUUGUUAGGUAUAAUGUAAUUUUAUUUAUGAAUUUCUAAGUCUUCCAAACCCAGAUAUGAUUCCAGAUGAAUACGAUUAUAACUUAAAAUAAUUGGAAAUUUUUGAACAAAUUGUAAAGUCUCUUUAGAUUGAUGAUAAGUCAAUCCAUGAUAAACUAUUUAUAAAAGCUAUAGAAAACGCCUUUACUCACUUAGCUGAUCGUAAAAUAUAUUCGUUAUUUGAAUUAAAGACAAGAGGUUUAGAAUCUAAUCAACCCUAACAAAGAAAUACUCUGGUUUUUUUAGGAACCGGUUAAUAAUUAUUUCAAAAAUCCCCAGAUAGAAGUCCUCGUUCUUUAAUCCUUGUGGAUAACAAUAUAAAUUAAAUGAAUAGAACAUCUGAUUUUCCUAUUUACAAAAAGGAAGAUCAAUUAACUAAAUUAGUUAAAAAGUUUAGAAAUUAUUUAAAAGAUAACAUCUCAAAUAAUUAAGGCAGUUUGAAUAAUAUCGCUGAUUGUUUAUAACUUGAUAUGUAGAAAUUAGUUUAUGUUUAAAAAAAAGCAUUUAGUCAAGGAGAAUAUUUAAAAUAAUAAGGAUAAUCUUGGUAUAGAACUAGAAAUGAAACCUCAGAUAUAUUGACUCUUAUUAGAAAUGCAAUUAUAAUUUAAUUUUCUAGAAAGGGAUUUAAUGUAAAAUCAUUCAUAUCCAAAGAUGGAUACACUAUUUAUCUUUGUUUAUAUAUGUCUGAAAAGAUGCUUGAAAUUGCUGCUGAAAACUUCUAAUUACCAAAGAGAUUAAGUUUUUGUUUUACUGAUCUUCUAUCUUUAGAGCCUGUAGAUAAAUAAUUUCGUCCAUUAAGAUUGAAUGGAAGAUUAUGGAGACCAGAUGAAUAUAAUAAUUCUCCUUAUUUAGAAUAUUUACGACCUUUAAUUAUAGAUUAGAUAGAAUAGAUUAAUUUUAAAAGAUUAGCUAGAGAAGUAGGGUAAAGUGGUUUAAAUAUUGAAUUAUUUGAAUAUGGAAAGUCUGAUUUAUAUGGAGAUUAGGAUGGACCUACUGAUGAAGAAUGGACAGCUUAUUAUAAAUAUUUAGUUCAUUUGAAUAAGCAUGUUAAAAUUUAAAGAUAUCAGAAUUAAAUAGAUAGUGAUAUAGCAUUAUGUAUAGAUGAAUAAAAAACAGUUGAAGAAAUUUAUGGAAUUAGAACCAAUAGAAAAGAUAAAAUAAAUCAAUUUACUGAAUUAAGUGAGGAUGCUUCUGAAAAAAUCAGUUAAAUGUAUGAAAAAGUAAGAGAAUUAAUAGAUUUAUCAAAUAGUAUGCCUUUGAUAAAGGAUCUUCCAAAGUUAAAAACUAUCAAGUUAGUCAAGUAAUAAUAGUUGGCUCAUAAUUAUUUGAACAUUUUUAAGGAAGCUCUUAAAGUUGCAAAUUGUUCAUAUCAAUAUCUAAAAACAAUAUGGGAUAGAUAUCAUUAAAAACCAUUUGAAUUGUUUGUUCCUUUCAAGAUUAAUCUUGUUGGUGAAUCUGUAAAGAAUAUUGCAAAGUACUAACUUAAAUGGUGUAGAUAUAUUAAAAAUGAAUAAAAUUAAGUUACAUUAUUUUCAAAUAAUGAAAGAUUGAAAUUAGCAUUUUCUGUAAUAACUUAAACAAUUAAUUUAAAUACUUUAAUUAAUUUAUAAUUUGUCAAAUCAAUCUAUUGUUUACAUGAUUAAUAUGAAUUAUUUGGUUUUUGCAAAAGUAUUUAAAAAGCUGUAAGUGAAGAAAAGUUAUUUUAUAAGAAAAAAUUAUUUGAUAUUGCAAGUGAAUGGAAUCUAGAUUAUUUACAUCCAUGGAAUUGUCCAAUAGAAAAAAUUUGUUUGUAUUUUGGAGAGAAGGUAGGAUUAUAUUUUGAAUUUACAUCAUAUUUCAUUAAAUUUUCAACUCCUAUGGCAGCUUUUGGAUUGUUAUUUAGUGUUUUAUUGUAUUCAUCAUAAGAAUAAAAUAAUGAAGUUUAUACAGCUACUAUGUCUGUGUUUUCCAUUUUAUUAGUACAUUGGAAUUCUUUUUAAACUGAUUGUUGGUAUUAAUAAUAAUUAACUUUUAAUCUUAAAUUUGGAUAAAAUAGAGAUGUAAAAGAAAGCCUUAUACGAACAUCAUUUAAAGGUUAAAAUAUAAGAUCAAUUGAAAAUGAUCAACUAAAUUCAAUUGGAGUUGUACACUCUAAAUUUAUAUAAAGAUUGAUUAUUUCUGUAUUCAUAUUAAUAUUUUUAAUUGGAUCAGAUAUUGGAAUAUUUGUAGGCUUAUAUUACUUUAAUUUAUAUUUGAAGACUAAAUUAGAUGAUUUAGGAAAUGAAUUUCAAUAUUUUGAAGUAAUAGUGACUGCUUCAUUGAAUUAUAUUAUUUAAUUAGUAAUAGAUUAAUUUUAUGAGUAAAUUGCUACUAUUUUAACAGAUUUUGAGAAUUUCUAGACAUCUUAUCAAUAUGAAACAAGUUAUAUUAUUAAAAAAUACACACUUUAUUGUUUCUCUUAACUUAUACCCCUAUUGAUGAUUAGUUUUCUCAAUUCUCCUUUAGAAUUAUAUUGUAAGGAAGAAAAUUGUUAACAUAAUGUUGAAUAUUUUUUUGGGACAACAAUGAUGUGGAUAUUUUUGAUGUAAGUGAUAAGAUUCUUAAAGACUUUCUUUCAUGAAAUGGUUAAAUCACCAUAAAAAUUAUAUCCUUAUAAUCAUUAAAGUUUAUGUGAUUUCAUAGAAAAUUAAGAAAAAAGAAUACCAUUUUAAAAAAGUAUUGAAAAAUAUGGGAAUAUUGAUGAAUACAUGGAUUUCUUUUUGUAAUUAACAUUAACUAAUAUAUUUGGUUGUUUAUUUCCAUUUAGUAUCACAUUAUUUUGGAUUUGGAAUAUUUUAUAAGUUUAAAUCUCUAAGUUGAAACUUAUCUUUAUGUUUCAAAGACCAUGGCCAAAAGGAGAUGGUUCUUUAGGAAUUUGGGAUGAUUUUUAUUAGUUAAUCAAUUUUAUUACACUUCUAUGUAAUUCUGGAUUAAUUUGCAUUUAUUAUUAUGAUUAAUUGCAUGAUUAAAUUAUCAUACUAUUUUUGGCAUUGUUGUUUUAUAAUUUUUUUAUUAAAUACCUUACUAAUUCGAUGUUCGGAAAUUCUCCUAUUAUUUUAGAUUAAAUUGUAAAAAGAAGCUAAUAUAUUUUUAAAAGCAAUGUUUAGAGUAAAUCAAAAUUUAGUAGAUUAUCCUAAAAAGAUAACAAAGAAAAAUUGUAAAGAUGUCCUCUUUUUAAAGUAUAUGGAUCAUCUAUUAGUCAUACUUAUGAUAAUUUCGAAACUAUUAGUUCUGAUGAUGAGAUUGCUGAUUAUUACACAAAAAAUAGUAAAUAAAUUUCGAAGAGAUUAGUAUAUGAAGAAGAACUAUUUAAUAAUAAGAUGAAUGAAUUGAAUCUUAUAAAUGAGGAAUAAUAAUAAUAGUAAAACUUUAUUUAGAGUAAUUAAAAUACUCAAAGGAAAAUACUUGCAGAUUCAUUUGAUUAAUAAAGUAAUUAAUUUAUUGUUCCUGUCAAAGAUUUUGUUAGAUAAGAAACUAUAGUUAAAAAAAAGAUUUAAUCAAAAAUGAAAGAUUGUAUUAAAAAAAUAAAAUAGGUUUCAAAAUUAAAUUAUGAAUUCUUAUUUCAAUACUAUUCCAAAAGAGCUACUAAUGGAGCUUUUAGAAUUCAAUCAUCAUAAAAGGGAGAAAAGUAACUCAUUUUAGAUAGAACAAAUAUAUGGAGAUUUUUCUUUAAAUUGAGUCUUUUAUCUAGUUAUAAUAUGUUUUGGAGUGAUUAUAGAUUAUUUAUUGCUUAAAGUUAUAUUUAAAGAAAAUCAAAGUUGUUUCACAAUUUAGAUUAUAAAAGAUAUUAAAUUUUGAAAAAGAGUUUUGACAAAUAACAUGAAUAUUAUAAAAAUUAAGCUAUACUAAAAUUUAGAAAAUAAUUUCAAUAAUUUGGAAAUACACUUACAUCUGAAGAAGUUAAAGAAUAUAAUGAAUUAGUUUAUAAAUAUCAAAAUUAUAUUGAAAAGAGAUCUUGGUUAAAUUGUAGAAAAGUAUCAAUUUUUAGAUACAAAGGAUUGUUUUUUAGAGGAUUUCGAAAAUAAACUCUUAGAAAGCAAUCUAUAUAAUAUGCAUUAGAAUAUUAUGAAGCUACAAAAAAGUUAGAGGAAAUUCAAUUUGAAUCGGAUAUACAUAAGAAAUUUGGAACUAUUGUAUAAUAUUCAUCGAUUCAUCAAUACAAUUUCAAUCAAUUUAUUGAUUUAUUCAAUAAAUUAGAAUAUGAGUAUAUUAUAAUUUAUAAUUUAAAUUAGGUAAAAAAAAUAAUAUGUUUUUUCAUCUACAAAUAGUAGAACAAUCCAAAAAACAUAUUAUUUGGAGUCAUUGAAAUCUGAAGUUUAUAAAAAUGUUAUUGAUAAGGCUAAAGAUACUUAUAUUUUUGAAUAGCAUUAACAGAAAGUAGAAGAAUAUGCUCUACAAUAUUUUCUUGAUGAAAUGAAUUAAAUUCCAAAUAUCAAAAUGAAAAAACACUUACAUGACAUUCUUUGGAUAGUUAUUUUAGAAGAUAAAGAAUAUUUAAUGUAAUUUUUUUAAGUUAGACAUGGGUAAUAAUUAAAAUUUUAAUAAUAUCAUAAUGAUGAUUUAGGAGUUUAUUUAGGUGAAAGUAAAAAUUACAUUAAAUAAUUGAAUAUACUUGAUUAAAUUGAUGACUUUUUUAUCAAAGGAUAUUGCAUUUCAUUAUAUCAAUGUUCAGAGUGUAAAAGUUUAUAUUAAGUAUUGUAAUUCAGAAAGAAAUAUGCAUUAUAUUAUACAUUAGAUGAAUUGAGAUAAUUUAUGUUUGCUAAUUUAAAGAUAAUGACAAAGCAUCAUAUUAUGAAUGUUUCAAUAUACAAUUAUAUACUUGUUUAAAAUGAAUAUAUGAUUUUAAAUUCAGUUAAUUAAAACAACAAUUAAAUAUGGCAAUUAGUUUAAGUAGUUAUUGAAAUGAUUUAUUUAUAACCAAUAGAGGAUUUUGCAUAAGCUUUAUAGAAUUUGGAUCAUCCACUCAAAUACUUUUUAAUGGAGAUAAUUCAUGCUGACAAAACUCCAAAUCAAGUUCUGGAUAUGAUGUUGGAUUAAAAAUCUUUUUGGGAAAUAGACUUUUAGUUAGCUUUUGUGAAAAAAGAGUAAUCAUAUUAGAUAUACAUGGAAAAUAUGAAACAUUAAAUAAAUUUCCAUCUUAGAAUCAAGUAAUUUGAUAAAUGCCUAAUAUUAAUCAAAGAGGUAGAAGAAUAUCUUAGAAUCACACAUUAUUAAACUACUUAAGAAUUAUUACCUUAUUUUAUCAAUUCAUUUUCUAAGAAUCUUAGUCAAUAUAUUUUGAGAUCAAAUGAAAUAAAAAAAGUUUUGGAUACAUUAUUAAUAUAUUAUUUUAAAAUUUGUGCUUUAUUUGCACUUAGAAAAGAAUUUGAAAAUGAAAUUUCUUAAUUAAUAGAUGGAUUAAGAAGAUGCAGUGCAUAAAUCAGAGUUAUGUUUAGAUAAUUAAGUUUAAAUGUAAAAUUAGAAAAUCUAUCAGAAAUUGAAUAAUGUAUUAUAUUAAAAAGAAAGUUGAAAUAAACUUCUGAAAAGCAAUCCUCAAUUAGUUCAUUUGAAAGAUUGAAUCUUAUAAAUACAUUAAGAAAGAAUUAAGACUAUAUACUUGUAAUUGUUCAAUAUCAGACCCAAUUGCAGAGAUAUCUAAAUUAGUUUUAAACUAUUUAAGCAAUAGAUUGUUAUUUUAACUAAAAUUAUAUAAUGGCUGGUAUUUAAUAUGUAGAAAUAAUAUCAAACUAAGAGAAAUUAGUUUUAAGAGAGCCAUCUCCUUAAUUCUUAGAUGUUCCUCUUGAUCAUAGUCCUGGAUUAAUAAAUCUGGAAUAAUCAUCACCUUUAGAAGAAGACUAAAUAGCAACAGCAAAUACAGAAACUAGAACUAAUUGUUUGAUUAAUGGAGAUAAAUUAUAUUGCACAUAAUUACUUUACUUAAAAUAUUUAUAUUUAAUAAAUCUAUAUGAUAGUAAAAAUGAAUAAUUUUAAUAUUAUUACAAUGACUUUGAAGAAUUAAAUGGAGUAUAUGAACCUGUAUUUAAGUAUUAUUAAAAUCAAUUAAAAUUAUUAAGAAAAGAAGAAAUUUCUGAAUAAGAUUUAUAGGAAGAAAUGAAUUGUGAAAUUGGUAAAUAUUUAUCUAUCAAUACUAUGAAAUGGUAGGAAAUAAGCAACAAUAAAUAAUUAGAUAUAUUUUAAUCUAAUGAUGAUGAUAUCAUUAAAAGAUAAAUAUUGAUAUUUUCUAAUAUAAAAUAAACAUUAGAAAACAGAAAAUUAUUAGUCUCAAAAGUUAAUAGUAAAAUACCUGUAACUUUAGAUUCAUAUAAUUGUUUAGUUCAAAUUAAAUUAAUUUAAUAAAUAUUGCAUUUAGAUAACUUUUAACCUAUUAGCCAUUCUAUACCUAGAUAGAUUUAAUCUAAAUAAAUUAGAUUUUCAAACAAAAUCUCAUAUAUAAGACUUUUAAAAGAAUUUCAUAAUUAAUUUAAAAUAAAAAAAGAUUCUUGGUUUUUUUAAUAAUGUUUAGAGGAAUUACAAAUGUUUUACUUUUUGUCUAUUUGUUUUUCUUAUUCACCUAAACAUAUUGAAAAUCUUGAUUAAGAAGAAUCUGAUAUUGCCAUAUAUGCUGUAAAAUAGAUUAAAAAAUUUUAAUCUAAACCUAAAUUUUAUUGUUAAAUACUUAAAUGUACUUAAAUAAAUAAUAAAUAAGCAGGAUAAUUUUUGUUAGAUUCUAACCUACCUAAAUAUUAAUAAUAUUAAAUAUUUUGUUAAUUUAUGAAUUGUACUCUUAAAUAACAUUCUAGUUUAAAACACACAAUAUAGAUGAUAGAAGAAAACAUUACAGAUGAUAUACAACCAUCUAUAAUAAUUCUAGGAUUAUUACAUGCUUUCCUCUAUUUAUAAUAAAUAGAUAUUGUAGAUUUAAUAUAUUGUUUCACAUCUAGACUACUACAAUCAUAAGCAUACAUUUUCCAUAGAACUCAUUCUGGAUUUGAAAAAGAUUUAUAGAUUGUAGAAAGUCUUUAUAAAGAUUCAACUUAAUAUAUUCCUUACCCAUAAAAAUAUUUAUAUGAAUAUACAAAUGAAUUUAAAUAUUUUGAUGAUUCCAAAUUUCAUACUUAAUACUUAUUAUUCAAUAUAUUAAUGAAUUAGGAUUAUUUUUUAAUAUAAGAAAUAUUAUGUGAAUCUAUAGAAUAGUUGAAGCAUUAACCUAAUUUAAUUAGAUACUUGCAUUUAUAUUAAUGCUAUUUAGAGGUUGUCACUUCGAUGACUGGUUAGAUGGAACCAAAACAAUAAUAUAUGUAUAAUAGCAUAUUUAACAUAUAGAAUUAAAUUAAAUGAUUACAAAGAGGGAACUUUGAUGUACGCUAUUUUAGCUCAUUUCUAAUGUAAAUAUUAUAUCCAUUUGAUUGACUUUGAGAAUGCCUUAAAAUACUCGCAUAAAGUUCUUCAAUACAUAAAUACAUUUCUAAAAUAGGAGAAGAUCAUAAUAUCUAUUGUGAACAAUGUCUUAGUAAAAUUAAUUACUAUUCUUAGCAUCAAGAAUACCCGAUAAAUGCGACAUUGAAAUAAUUAAAAAUACUUGAAUAUGAAUACUUAUUGGAUGAAAGUAUAGAUUCAGAUUAUAUACAUUUAUUUAAUAAUGAAUUUAUAACUGAAGCUAUUUUGAAUCAUUUUCGAAUUUUAAUCAAUUUAGAAUAGAAAGUACCAAAGAUUAAUUUAUUAUUUUAAUUGCAAUUAGGAUUAUAAAAUAGAGUUCAUAUUUCUUAUCUUUAGAUGAUAUAUGCUGAAUACUUUAAAUUUCUUUAGGCUGCUGAUGAUUUUAAAUUAAUUGAAGAACUUAUUGAUGAUUCCAAUAAUUAAGUUGAAGAUAUUAAAUAGAAAAUAUCAAAUGAAGAAAAGAAAUAAUCAGCAUAUUUUUCUUUAAAAUUGAAUAUUGUUGCAGAUGUGACUGAAAUUGAUUACAAAUUAAAGAUUUUGGAUUUUUAACUUAGUGUAUUUUAAGCAUCUAAAUUUGGAUUGAAUUAUAAAUUAAUAAAUAAUUGGGCAACAUAAUGUGCAUAAAGAGCUAUUGAUGGAUAUUUAAAAAUAUUACCUAUAAAAUAGUAAAUGGUUCAUCCUUAUGUUUCAAUUAUGUAUCUAAUCUAAUGUGAAUCAUAUUAGUUUUUAAAUUAGAUCUAAAAAGCAUAAAAUAUGAUUGAUUAAGCAGAAACCAGCUUAAAGAGUUGGUUUGAUGAUAAUAAACAUCCACUUAAAGGUUUAUUCUUCUUCAAUUAUGGAAAUCAUUGCAAAUGGCUUUAUAAAUAAUACCUUAGAUGUGUCAAAGAGAUAAUUGGAUUAAAUUAAUUUGAUGCUGUUGAAAUAAAAGUUAUUGUUUAAGGUUUAAUAAAUUAAGAUCCUUAAAUAAUAAAGACUUUUGAUUAUUAUCAUUCAGGUAUAAUAAAAUCAAUUGUUGGACACUUAACAAAUUUUAUAUAUUCAUAAAUUGGUAAGCAUGUGAGAUAGAACAUUUUUUAUAAGUACACAAUUUCAGAUGCUUAAGAUGUCUUAGAUGACAUUAUAUAUAUGAGUUCCCUAAAAGAACUAAAUGGUGUCUCUUAAUAUUUAGAUGUAAAUAUAGAAUAAUAUUUAGGCCUUAGCAAUAUUUAAUCACUUUGAAACUGAACAUAAAUGUAUUGACAUCAUUAAAUGCGCUAUAAUUGCUGAAAAUUGA